GAAACAAGUCAUUCGAUUAUCAUUCAACUCUAAAGUAUAUAUACAUAUAUAUAUAUAUAUGUAUGUGAAUGUGAAAGUCUGUAAGCCUAACUUAUUAGAUAUUUUUUUAGUGCCGGUUGACAGUAAUAUAAUAAUAAAUUAAAUAUUAAAAAAAAAAAAUAAAAAUGGUUGUAAAAGUGUAUAUAUCAGGAAUUAGCGGUAAUAAAGAAGUAAAAAAAAGACAACAACGAGUACUUAUGAUUUUAGACAGUAAAAAUGUUGAGUAUGAAAUAAUUGAUAUCACAGAACCUGGUAAGGAAGAUGAUAAAGAAUACAUGCAGACUAAUGCUAAUCCAAAAGACAGUAAAUAUCCAUUACCUCCUCAAAUAUUUAAUGAAGAAGACUAUUGUGGGGAUUAUGAAGAUUUUGAUUUAGCGAAUGAAAUUGAUGAAUUAGAAAAAUUCCUUAAAAUUAUUCCUCUUGAUGAUUCGGCCGAUGAUAAUAUUGAAGAAAAUAAUAUUUCGAGUAAUAAUGUCAAACACAGUAGAAACUCAUCCAGUCGAGAGAUUUCUAUGGAUAAAGAAAUAAGUAAUGUACAUUCAGGAAGUGAAAUAGAUGAGAGAGAAACUCCAAUAACUGAUGAUAAUGAUUUAGAAAAAUUAAAAUCAUCUGAUGUAGAUGAAUCAAAUAAAUCAGUAGCAGAAGAUAUGGAUCAAAUGGAUGAAAUUGGAAAUAAUAAUCAGAAAUCAGAUGAUGAAGAACAAGAAGAAUAAGUAAUGAAUUGCCUUGUCGGUAACUUAUUUAAGUAAUAGUUUUAUUUUUCAUAAUUUAGGAUUUACAAUCCCGGUGGUAAAUAUUUUCUGUUUUUGCUUAAUCUAUUUAAUUACUCUUUACAAUCAAGUGUAAACUACUUACUGCCAAUAAGUAAUAUAUGGGCUAAAUAAAGUUUUAUAAGUGCAAUCAAGCACAAUGAUGCUAUAUAAAAUUUGUUAGAUGUAACAAAAAAUUAUCGUUAAUUUAAAUAAUCAACUUUUUUUUUAAUUUUAAUCUAUCUAAAUAAUUUUAUUUAAAUUUUUUUUAUACUAUAUAUAUUUAUUAUACGUUGACAAAAUUGAUUUUACUUAUCUUAGUGAGUAAAUAUUAAUUAUAUUCAAUUAUAAGUAUAAAAAUUAAACUAAGUUAUGAAUAAAAUAAAAUUAGAAAAAAAAUUUUUUUUUUUUUCAAUAUCAUGG